CUGUUCACCUGGCUGACAGGUGUAGUUGACACCUUCCUGGCCAUGCACGCAGACAUGGGAACCAUCCUGCCGGCAGCACUGGAGUUCCUGUCCAACCAUGAACGCCUGGAGAAGGACAUGAAGGACAGAGAGCCCCAGGUGGACAUAGUUCUCCAGGCAGCAGAAGAGUUCAUGAAGACUGGAGCGGUCGAGGCUCACGAGUGUGACGUGAAGACGCGAGACAUCCAGGCCCACUGGGGCAGGGUGGGGAGGGUGGUCAGGAAACGCAUCGGCCUGGGGGCCAUCUAUGUCGCCUUCCACAAGCUGGCCAGGAGGUUGGCCAAUGAGAUGGAUGAUUUAGACGAGCUCCUGAAGCGGACUCCGACGGACGGUACCAAGGGUCUGGAGAUCGCCAUCCAUCGCCAUGACGACCAGUGGAAGGAGGUUCAGGAGGCGUUCACAGUGAUGGAGAGGAAGGGGCGCGAGUUCCUGUCGGAAGUCAAACUUGUUCGAGAUGACCCCCAGCUUGACACUGAGCGCGCAGUGCUGUGUGUAGAGACGCUCCUCGAGCACUUCGGGGAGAGAAAGCGAACUAUCCAGGACCAGCGCACGGGCUGGCAGCAGAAGCUUCAGGCAGAGGAGGAGUUCAAACAGGACUGGUUAAGAUUCAUGCAGGAAGUCAAGAAGACCAUUGAGUGGAUCAUGAGCCUGGAGAGGGAGAUUUUCCCCACCAGUGGAGCCGAGCUGGGAACCAACCUGGAGGAUGCAGUCGACCUGCAGGACAAACUCAGGAAGUUCAUGCCUACAGCUGAGAAAACCAGUGAAGUAGUUGAAGGGCAUGUGAAGACUGCAGAGAUGCUGGCAGCUCGAGGAGAAACCGGUCCACAGAAGGAGUCCCUGAUCAUGGACCUGCUGAGGGUUCACCAGCGGUUCCAGGCCAGGCUGGCUGAGUACAUCCUGCUGCUGGAGAUGGCAAUUGCCUUCUUCGACAACAUCAACAAGACUGAUUGGUUGCUACGGAAGAACAUGAAGGAAUACCAGCGGUUGUCACGGUUACCAGACAUGGCAGCUGCCAAUCACGCUAUAGAGGAGCACAGUUUGUCCCAGAAUUCCAGACUGAACAUGCUGAUUGACAAGGCUGACAAGGAUUUCAAGCAGACGUCUCCACAAGAUGCCAAACAGGUGGAAGACUUCCUGAGACAGCACGAAGCCGUGAAGAAAGACGUCUCCAAGGUCUUCGACCACACCACAGACAGUGGAGAGAAGAUUGUCUUGAGGGUCCGAGAAAACGAAGGUGUAGAUGCAGCCAGAGUUACAGUAGAGCAGGCCCUAACCAUGCUGGACAUGAGGAGGAUCCAGUGGUUAAAGGAAUGGGAGGAGCACAGAAGAAGGCUCGAGCAGGGCAUCAAGAUGUGUCAACUACUGAAGGAUAUAGAAAAGUUACGUGAGCAGUUGUCGGAGCUGGCGGAUCAGCUGUUGGAGUUCCAGACCCAGCUGAAGGAGGCGAAGACAUCUCACACCAUCAGCAUCAUCGUGCAGAAGUUUGACGACUUCACAAGCCAAGUCACGGCGUUCCGGUACCGUUUUGAGGGCCUUAGCGGGCAGGUAGACGAGGCCCUGAAGGAAGGCUGGGACAACCUGGCUCCCCUGCUGUCCCAGCGGAAGGACCUGCGUGACCGGUGGCACCGCUUCCUACAGGACUUUGACGCCUUCGGCACGCGCCUGCCGCUGGCACAACAGCUGUUCACCAACAUGCAGGAGAUCGAGGCGUGGCUGGUAGAGACCACUAAGAUGUUAUUCGAGCUUGAGCAGCAGGCCCGGGCUGUGAAGACAAAGGAGGAGGCCAAGGCACUGUAA